AUGAAGCUACAACAGUUGAAAUUCGGCUUCGGCAUUUCGGGUAUUAUCAACUCCCCAAAUAAUCGAUCCCACAAUUUCCAUUUCGAAAAUCCUAGCACCUCAUUCGAUUUAUCAUCUGAAACAGAACAUCAAGAUUUUUGUGUAAACCUCAAGGAAGAGAUGGGUUCAUCGUUUCAAGGCCUAAAUAGAACAGGAAAAAUGGUGUACAGAGACAUUCUGAAAGCAGUGAGGAAACACAUAGGAAAAGAAGAGUAUAAAUCCCAUUUCACUGAUUUCAUCAAGCAAGAAUUCAGGAAUAAUAUCAAUUCGGAGAACCCACAAAAAUUGAAGCUUGCCUAUGAUUACGCAGUCUAUCUCAACAGUGUCCAUCACCACAAGGAUCUACUGUUUUCGUACAACAUUGCAGUGGAUAGAUCUGAUGAGAUGAAAAGAACACUAGGAAAAUCUGCUGCAAGUGUGGGUCUCCAGCUUCCCGAUGUCUAUCAGUCUUGA